AACCCCUUGGGUACCUGCUGGGCUCGGUGCAGACACGCUGCCUUUCCUCCCCAGCUGCCGGCCAUCAGGGCUCUGCCUCGGCUGCGCCCACCUCCCGGCCCUACAGCACGGGCUCGGCCGCCACCCGCAGGCGCCCUUCGGCCAUCCUCAUUGCCCGGGAGCUGCUCCGCACUCAGGGCCUGGCCGGUCUCUACAGGGGGCUGGGUGCUACUCUCCUCAGGGACAUUCCCUUCUCGGUCAUCUACUUCCCCUUGUUUGCGAACUUGAACCAGCUGGGGGUCUGCGAGCUCACGGGCAAGGCUCCCUUCGCACACUCCUUCGUGGCGGGCUGCGCCGCGGGUUCCGUGGCCGCCGUAGCGGUCACCCCUCUGGACGUUCUGAAGACUCGAAUCCAGACCCUGAAGAAAGCGCCGGGCGAGGACAUGUACAGCGGGGUUACUGACUGUGCCAGGAAACUCUGGACACAGGAGGGAGCAGCCGCCUUCAUGAAGGGAGCAGGCUGCCGGGCCCUGGUCAUAGCCCCCCUCUUUGGGAUCGCCCAGGGCGUCUACUUCAUUGGCAUCGGAGAACGCAUCUUAAAGUGCUUUGAGUAAUCUAUGGUGGCCGUCCCUUGCUGCCAUCUCUGGCCCCACACUUGAGACCAGGUGGUAGUGACGGAAGCCCAAGAUGCCUACCCUGUUGCACAUCAUCUAACUUGUAGUGCUACCUCAGAAGAAAUGACCCAUUUCACUACUUACCAGGGGCGUUCAGAAGCCCAACCACCUGCUUAACAAUAGAAACGGCCUCAGGUAUUAUGGCAGGCGCAGUAAGGACGGAAGGGCUGGUCUACACCAGCAUCCCCCCUGUAGGCAGGUGCAGGACAACUGUGCCAGCGUAGGACAGUGGUCAUCAACCCCAGCACUCACACGGUGACGUUAGAAGUAGACCUGGCCUGAACCAUGUGCCCUCCUGAGCAUCACUAAUGGUCAAAUGGACCCAACCGAGCAGUAUGGCCACCUCAGGGUCGCUGUCCUGCCCCAGAUGCCCACCCUGAAGUAUGGUCCCAGAUCCCUCCUAGUGGGUGCUUGUGGGACAUGCUCUAGAAUAAAGCUGGUUAAAUCCUUGUCCUGUAA